AUGAUGCUGAUCGACCUGUUUGUGAACUUGUUCGGUGGCUCCCAACCUCCCGACCCGGUGCAGGAAUUCAUCGACCAUGUAGCCAAAUGCCUAGUUGGGGAAUUUGACAAGGCGCCUCCGCCGAAACUUGACUAUACCAUCCCCAGCGUCACUUAUGAAUCCGGCAAAGUGACCGGCAUCACCAUUAAGGGCGAGAACACCACAGCCGAUGAAAUCAGCAUCCCGAAUGCACGCAUUAUCGUGACCAGCGGCAGCGACGACGUCUGUCUGUUCUCUACGAGUGAAUUUGAGCUGGUGGAGGACUCAGACCCCGACAAAGACUCGGAUGGACAUCUCUAUGUGACUCCGAACAGUAAAGCCGAGGGCACCUUAUCCAGUAGCGUCCUCGGUGAUGAGAUGGAAUACCAUGAAUAUGAUCUAGUAGUCGGAGGAAACAAGAAGGAUACGGAGAACAGUUUGCACAAGCUGAUCCUGCAAGCGAAGGAGAGCUUCACAGCAGUCUGGACGGGGAAGAUUAACAAAAGCGGUCGGAGUCUGGUCGAGAUCAUUGAGAAAUCGGAUCUUGACAAAUGCCAUGUUCAGUACACGGUGUUGAGAAUCUGA